GAAAGUAAGUUUAUAAGUAGCCAGUAUAAAGGGGCAAUAGCUAGAAAUGAUGUUGUAAAAGGCAACCUGGAAGUUGAGUACAAACCAUCCUGAAGAUCAAAGGAACGUAAUUUAUAAAUUAAUUAUAUUAUAUGUUAACUAAAAUUCACAUCUUGGUAAUAUGUGCUGAAUCAGCAGAAGCCAUUUUAAAUGCUGCUGUCAGGGUUCUUGCCCAUGAUAAAUAAAUUCCAGACAUAAUCCAGACCAUCACAACCUCAGACCAGCAGAAUGUUAAAAAAAAAAGGUGUUGAUGACUUUGCGAUGAAGACUUUGAAGUUUUAACUGUGACUUUGAGAUAGUUUGGAUAUGUAUAGGAGUUGGUCUCUUUCCCCCCAAAACCUUAUAAAAAUGAGACCUCAGACUCCUUCCUCUCCCUUCCAUCUCUAUAUCUUCAUGCUGCUUAGUGCUCCCAACUCUAGUCCAUGGUUAAAUGAGUGAUAUUUUCUGCCUCUCACCCUUUUCCUCAGGCUGCCUGCCUUCAUCGUUUCAUCCCACUGUUCCCAUGUCACUGCCUGUCUCUGUAUCCCUCCCUGCUUUUCACCACCUGUCUCUGUGCUUUAUUAAAGUGUGAUUGAGGUGAAGUACUGAACUCCAUGUCCUGAACACCAUUUUGUUUUCUGACCUCCAUCUUGUGUGCCCUCUUUCAUGGAAGUAGUAGUUCCCGCCUUAGAAGUUCCUGCCUUAGAAAACCUGCCAAGAAGGAUAUCCGCCCCAAUUUAUUUCAUGAUCCUCAUAUGGUCCCAAAGGCAGGAUUAGCCAGUCGCUUGUUUGGCUUCUGUAACUUCCCACUUACGCAACCCCUGACCGUUUACUCUGUGGCUUCUGCCUUUAUAAACCCAAGCUCUACCCCUGAUCUGGGCUGCUCGAUCUGGGUGUGUACCCCUUGCAGCUGUGUGCUAAUAAAUCCACAUUUCAAAUUGUGUCUGGGUCUUGCUCGCUGAUUUUUCGGUACACCAUUUUUGGAGGCCCCAGCGAGAUUCGCGGUGCACUGUGCCACUGCAGAGACCCACCUGGGGAGGACUUCAGCCUCGGGAAGGAGGGAUUGCUCUGUUCUGACUUUUAGGGGAGCCGGCCCCUGAGAUGUUCCAGGGCCCCAGAACUCAGGGCUGGGAAAAGCCUCCCUCCCCGACUGACUGUACCUCAUUUCAGCCCGUGGAUUCUGGAGUUCCUGCAGGGGCUCCAGGAAACACAGAGGACUCUCCUGAAAUCUGUCCGAGAUACCCUACCAGUCCCUACCUCUGAGCCUGUACACGCUUUCAACCCAAGAGACCCAGUCCUGGUCAAGAAGUACACUGCCUGUGGCCUGGAACCCAAGUGGAAAGGUCCCUACACCGUGAUCCUGACCACUCCAACAGCCAUAAAGGGAUUUUUUCUCUCUCGAUAUCUACGAUUUGGGAAAAUGCAUUUGUGAAGGAUAAAUUAAAUUUUAAAAGUUCAAGUUGAAAGGAAAUAUUGUAGUUUUUAAGGCAAAUUUUUUUUUGUCUAUGGAUUUAAAGUGAAAUCACUAUCCUGUGUGCUUGUUGCUUGGAUUUUUAAAAGCAAAAAUCAGAAUAAUAAAAACAUACUCAUAACAAAAAGUUUUGGCAAUUAAGACAUGAGUUGUGGAAAUGAGUUUGUGGAAACUUUAAAAAAAAUUGGUUAUCCAAAGAGUGAUAAUCUUAAUGGAGAAGAUUUUGACUGGUUGUUUGAAACUGUUGAAAAUAAACCUUUUUUGGAGUGGUUCUGUAGAAAUGUAAAUGAACAGCAUGUAUUGACUGAAAAAGAACUGCAAGCUUUUAGCACCCUUCAAAAAUCUGGCAAGCCCAUCCUAGAAGAACAAGCAUUGGAUGAAGUUCUUAAAACUUGUAAAACUUCUGAUCUGAAAACAUCUAGUUUGGAAGGAAUUGAGCUAGAAAAAUUAGAGACUGAGCUCCAAGCUCUUCAGAAAUUAAAAAAUCUAAAAAUUCAGCGUCGUAAUAAAUUUCAAUUAAUAGCUUCAGCAAAUAGUCAUAGAUCACUCCAGUUAAAUGCUAAAGAAGAAGAAGUCAAAAAAUUGAAGGAGAGUCAAGGAUUUCUAAAUGCUGUAAAUACCAAGAUAACUAAUCAACUUCAAGAUCUUAUUGAUGGGGUUGAGAAAUUGACAUCAUUCUUUGGUUCAGAGACAAAGCAAGGGACAACUCCACCAGUGUUUUUAUCUCAACUUGCCUUGGAAAAAUACUUAAGCCAAGAAGGACAAAGCACAGUAGCAUUAACCUUGUAUACCAAAAAACAUUUCUUUCAAGGUAUACAGGAGCUAGUUGAAAGUUCAAAUGAAGAAAAUUUUCAGCUUUUUGAUAUACAAACACCAUCCAUUUGUGAUGAUGAUACUAAUGAAUGCCAUGAGGAGAGACGGCUUGAGAUGGCUAGGCUGCAGCUGGCUUAUGUUUGUGCCCAACAUCAAUUAAUUCAAUUGAAAGCAAGCGAAUGUAGCCUUCGGUCACGUAUAAAAUGGGCAGAGGAGACUCUUCAAACCCUGACUAGCAAGGCUAUUGGCAAAGAAGAUUUAGAGGCUGAAAUUUCUACUUUCAACAGUGAGAUACUAAAGCUUGAAGAACAAAUCACCCAACUGAAUAAUAAAACAUUGCCUGCUGUGGUAAAAGAAAAUGCUCAAUUAUUGAAUAUGCCAGUUGUAAAGGGUGAUUUUGAUCUUCAGCUUGCUAAACAAGACUAUUAUACAUCAAGACAAGAAUUAGUUCUUAAUCAGCUGAUAAAACAGAAGGCAUCUUUUGAACUUCUGCAGCUAGCAUAUGAAAUAGAAUUGAGAAAGCAUCGGGAUACUCACCGGCAACUUGAAAGCUUGACUCAAGAACUUAGUCAAAGUAAUACUAUACUGCAUCAGCGAUUAGAAAUGUUAGCUGACCCAUCCAUAUCUCAGCAGACCCAUCCAAGGAAUACUAUUGAUGCCAAGGAUUGUUCUACUCAUAGGCUUUAUCAGCUUUUAGAAGGGGAGAAUAAGAAACAAGAAUUGUUCAGAACAUAUGAAGGCCUGGAAGAAGUGGCUCAGAAACUGAAACAAGAUGUUUCUUCUGUACGAGAUCAACUGGCAAUAGCUGCUCAAGAGCAUUCUCUCUUUCUGUCCAAACUGAAUAAUGGCGUGGAUAUGCUUUGUGAUACUUUGUAUUGUGGAGGAAACCAGCUUUAUCUCAGUGAUCAGGAAUUAAAGGAGCAGUUUCAUCAAGUUGACUCUCAUUUGAAAAAGCUAAAUCAUCUGCUUAUGGAUAUUCUUGCUAAUGUAAAGGCGAAGAGAAGAAUUUUGGCAACUGAUAAACUGUAUCAAAUGGAACGAGAAUUAUAUGUGUAUUUUUUCAAAGAUAAAGAAUAUUUACAGAAUAUUGUAGAGAAUUUGGAGCAUCAGUUAAAAAUUACAACUAUUGGUCUUGAAGAUUGAAAAUUAAUCAUUGAAAACCAGAUAUGCAGUAUUAUAUUCAUGAUAUAAAAUGUGUACUAUUCUGACAUAUCAGGAGGGGCAAUUUUUUGUUUCUCCUUAUGCAACAUGCUGGUCCAGAGCACUAGCAGAUUUUAGGAGAGGAGCUUUUGCCUAGUGAAAGGAGUACCAGGUGGCCUUACUCUGUUUGCCCCCAAGGGGAAAAAAGCAUUCAGUUACAUUGUAAUGGGGAUGUUAUAAUGUUCAGUUAAAUUUCUUUAUUCUCUCAUUUUGUUUUUUUUUUAAAUGGAAAAAUUAAACAUUUAAAAUAAUCAGAAGAUUAUUCAAGUCAGCAUUACAGAAAUAUCCCUUGGUGUAUACAGUAGAACCAUUUCUUCAGUUUGCUGUGACACAGUUUUCAUUUAUUGAAUCUAUUGUUAACACCCACUAUAAGUGUAAUAAUUACAGUUCCUAUUAUGUAGCACUUGAUGGUUUACAAAGUGAUUUACCUACAUUACUUCAUUUGAUCCUCACAUCAGUACUGAGGUAUGUAAUGCACAGCAUUAUUAUUAUUAUCUCUGUUUUAUAGAUGGAAAAACUGAGGCCUCAAGAAGUUGUGAGUUGUCCAGGGAUUCUAGUUAGUAAAGGACUAAGCUAGACAUUGAACCCAAGUCUGCUUUUUACAUUUCGUCACAACUGCUUCUCAUUGUAGAAUUUGGGAAUGAUGCUGAGGUUGAAGAGGAGGCUGCCAUGUUGGUAAUUUAGCACUGGUAAUGAUAAAAUAAUCCUGUUUGCAUUUAUCAUUCAUAUGGACUAGUGACUGCCUUCAUAUAACUGGUGUCCACCCUGCAUCAUAGGGGAAAGGACUCUGGGGCUCACACAUUUUGGCAUCUUAAUGUUUGAUAGGCAUUAUGGAACUGAUGGAACAGUACAGAUACUGACAAUGUUCUUUUGGCUUAAAACAGGGCUCCCAAAUAAAUCUCAAAAGUCCAUAUAGGGAAUUCUUCAGGGAAUAUAUAUCAAAUUGUUCUCUCCUUUUAUCCAUUCUAUUGAAGUAAAAUUCAAUAUGUAGG